GAAAAUGUUUCGCUUGAAAUUUUUUGUGCUCUCAGUAAUUCUGACAAUUGAACUCGUGAAUUCGCGAGUUCUCUAUCUGGACACCCCGCGGAGCAACUACUACCCGGUUUAUCCGGAUGAAGCCGGCACCGAACAGGCUUCCAGGGAUUUAGACGUGACGUUUUCCGCGGGGGAGUCUGGCGAGACCGAGGAGCAAGUUUAUCCCCCGAGGAAGACAAUCAUCUACCCACCAUCAGAGCGGUCCAUCUACGAUCUGGGCAGCGACUUGGACCGGCCAAUCUACUAUCGCGCCCCAGAAUUUCCAGUGCGAAGAAUUCUCUACGCUGAACCGCCCUCCGAACGAAAUCAUAAAUUAAUGAGGCUAAAUAACCCCCACAAGGGGGAGGUCGUCCUCGAGCUUCGAGUCAUCGCUAAUAACAACAAUGGAAUAUAAACGACGGGAGAAUAAUUAUCCACGAAUCAUCAAUGUUUGGGGAUUGAUGAGUUAUUGAU